AUUGGCACUUGCUCUAUAACGAUCCAUUCUUAGUCGACGUGAAGAGAAAGAGGAGAAGAGGAAUGAGGCAUUUGGUGAGUAGGUGGAGGCUCGCUCGACCCUCGAGCUUGCCGCAGCCGCGAUUCCACUGCGCUCCGCCGCCGCCUCCGCCGCCUUCCAAUUCGAAAUUGUUUGUGGGAGGUCUGUCGUGGUCUGUGGAUGAGAUGUCUCUCAAGGAUGCCUUCUCUUCCUUUGGAGAUGUCACCGAAGUGAGGAUCAUGUAUGACAAGAACACUGGAAGGUCAAGAGGGUUUGGAUUCAUCCAUUUUGCAUCGGAUGAUGCAGCUAAAUGCGCUAAAUUUGCCAUGGAUGGAAAGGCAUUCUUAGGUCGGCCGUUGAGAAUAAGCUUUGCUAUCGACAAGGUUCGUGGUGGACCAGUUGUAGUUCCUCGGCUUCCAGCAGUAGGAGAAUCAACUAAUUGAAACUUUUGAUCUUGUUUCUUUGGCAACACAACUUUGUCAUUGUAAUAUUGUUUCCAUAUCUAAUCUUAUUAUCGUAAGGAAAAACUACUUCAGCAAAGGAUUUGUACUCUCUUUGCCAUAGUAACAGCAGAUUUUGUUGACAUGAUGAGGUAGAUUGUAUGAUCAUAGUGUGUAUUUCUUUAUGAAGUGGAUAAUGAUUUAAGGUGGCUUUUGUGAGAAA